UUAUAAAUGGGAAUGACCCAAUUACAUAUUUCCCCUGCUCACAGACAUUUGCAUUGCACCUAGCAAACACCAGUUUUUUUGUUUGAACAUCGAUCCACUUCAAUGGCUCUUGUGAGAACAUCUCCAGGAACCUCCUCUGAUUCCAACACAUUUCGGCGUUAUCACUACGAUGUGUUCUUGAGCUUCAGAGGCGAAGAAACUCGUAAGACUUUUACGGACCACCUCUACACAGCCUUGAACAAUGCAGGAUUUCUCACGUUUCGAGACGACGAUGAACUCGAGAGAGGAGAAGACAUAAAGCCAGGACUGCAGAAAGCAAUCCAGCUGUCACGAACUUCUGUUGUCGUGUUUUCGAAAGAUUACGCGUCAUCCAGGUGGUGUCUUGAUGAGCUUAUGCUGAUCCUCGAACGAAAUAGGACCACCUCGGACUAUGUAGUUUUACCAGUCUUCUACGAUGUUGAUCCGUCCCACGUGAGGAAGCAGACAGGAAAUGUUGGAAAAGCAUUUGCUAGAAGCCAGAAAAAUCAGUCGCCGGAAAAGGUGGAAGGAUGGAGGAAGGCACUUGCAGAGAUUGCAGACCUAGCAGGCAUGGUCCUACAAAAUCAAGCUAACGGGUAACUUUCAUUUUCUUAUUUUGUCUUCUAUUUGUUGUUGUUGACCUCUCUAAUAAGAUCACAACUAGAGAUGGACAAAAUACCCACGGUUACCCGUGUUGUGCUUUGGCCCGUUCGUCAGUGCAGAAGUGAGAUUCAGAUUAUCUCACUAAACUACAGACCCACAGUUGAACAAUUUAAAUUACAAGAAAUAAAGACACUGAGAAAUUUACGAGAUUCGGCAAAAACCUGCCUAUGUCCUCGGAGAUAUAUUGCUCUUCACUAUGAGAAUAACUAGUACAAGAUACACUUGAGUUCAAUCAACAUAACCCAAACCCCAAUCCCUUGUACACUCACAGAAUUUUCCCAAGAGCCUCACUCUACCCCAAGAGUUUCUCACUCUCACUCUUUAUUUUCUCUCCUUUGUGUUCUCCUUCGGAUGCUCUCUCAAUGCAUUACUAAAUGCACAAAUAUUGCAUCUAGUUAUAGUCAUACACUAGCAACUAUGCCAACAAACAAGACCAAAAAGUCUUAAGUUCACAUGACAUAAUUAUCACCUAGC